AUGUGCAAAAGUGACCACUAUUCAAAUGCCUGUCCAAAUUUCAAGGAGAUGCAGGUAAAUCAGCGAUCGGGCUUCAGCAAGCAGAAAAAAUUCUGCAUGAAUGGUCUGCGUAAUGGAAAUUUUGUAGGAAAAUGCAACUCCAAAAAGAGAUGCUUUACAUAUCAUGGUAAACACCAUACACAGCUACACAGAGGGACGAUAAACAAGGAUCAAGAUUCAUCUGUAAAAACCGAUGACGCUACCUCCCUCGUAGACAAGCAAGAGGAGAUUAGUGCACACACAAUGAGUUACAGUACUAGUGAUCUCGGCAAAAGAUCUGGUAUUGUUCUUCUAGGCACAGCACUAGUUCACAUACAUGGCCCACAUGGAAACCUAAUCAUAAUGAGAGCCUUAAUCGAUCCAGCUUCAGAAUGGUCAUUCGUAUCUGAGAAAAUCAUCACAAGCUUGUUACUUCAAGUGCAAAGGGUAAGAGUUAAAGUCACUGGCGUCGGAGCAAACUUCACUAUAAUUGUCAAGAAAGAAACAACUCUCUCAAUCAAAUCUGCACACGACAAGAAAUUUUCCAUGCAAGUGUCAGCUCACGUACUUGAUAAACUAACACAGAUACUUCCCAGGAGGGAAGUAAACGCAUCACUAUGGAGCCACAUCAGGGAUCUCCCACUCGCAGAUCCAAAAUUCAACAAGGCUCAACCAGUCGACUGUCUGCUGGAAGCAGAUGUCUAUUCAACAAUUUUACUACCUGGGAUUUUCAAAGGCGUACCUAGUACUCCUGUUGCCCUGUUGCCCAGAACACUGUCUUUAGUUGGAUACUCAUUGGAGCAGCCAAGGAUGAAGUUUUCACUUCAAAAGUUUUGGGAAAUGGAAGAAAUUUCUCUAAACAGACACUUGACAGAUGAUGAGAAGUUCUGCGGAGACCACUUCUCUAAGACUACAACACGAAACAAGCAAGGUCGAUAUGACGUUAGACCACCUAUAAAGAAGACGUACUUUUUCUAA